AUGGCCGAAGCUGAAGCUCCCAAUCUUGAUAACAUCCAAGGCGAUAUCUGGCCUGGUCUGACAAAAAAGUACCAAAUUUUUUGGUUCUUUCAGAUCACUGAUGCCAGUGCCUUCAAGCUUAGUCUCGGAAAGCUGCUGGAUGAUAAAGUCAUUACGACUUCCGCAGAUGCGCUAGGCCACAGGAAGGAGAUACACGAGGUUAAAACCUCGCAGCCGGGUACUUUGCACGAGCUAGCUGCAGUAAAUAUUGCGUUCAGCUUCAAGGGAAUGCAAAAGCUGGACAAAAACAAGGACCGCUUCGUGGAUGAUCCAUUUCGCAAGGGUAUGGAGGCUGACAUGGUAAACGAGGGCAGAGAUAAAAUUGAGGAAUGGAUGGAUGAAUUCAAAGCGAAAAAUGGUGGCGUUGAUGGCGUGGUGUUGGUGUGCGGGACUGAAACGAAGGUCAGAAAGACCACGAAGGAGCUGGCUGAGAAGUACUUCAGCUCGACGCAAGGAAUCAAGCACAUCAUUACUCUUGAUGGGAGAGAACGACCCGAGGAGAACGCAAAGCAUGAGCACUUCGGUUUCCUGGAUGCCAUUUCGCAGCCUCGGUUGACGGGCUUUGAUAAGAAAUGCGAGAAGGGAGAUGGCAAUUACCAAUAUAUGUGCCGUCCGGGCCGCAUUAUCAUCGGACACGAUGGUGAUAUGAACAAUGAGCCAAAAUCUCAGCACCCACCCUGGGCCAAGGACGGCAGCUACCUCGUCAUCCGCAAACUCAAACAAUAUGUACCAGAAUUCAACAGAUACCUGGAAACCGAAGCUCCUAAACUUAACUUUACUGAAGACCAGUUAGGAGCACGGCUGGUGGGACGUUGGAAAAGUGGGGCCCCUGUUGAACUGCAUCCCAAUGCAGACUGUCCGAAAGAUGCAAGGAUGAACGAAUUCAACUAUGACGUUAACGAUCACAAGAAUUGUCCAUUUGCUUCACACAUGCGCAAGACUAAGCCUCGAAGCAUAGUCAGCAAUAGAGAUAUGAAUGAUAUCAUGCGUCGCGGCAUCCCAUAUGGGCCUGAAGUCGGAAUCAACGAGACCAAUACCGAGCAAGAUCGAGGUCUCAUGUUCACAUGCUACCAAUCCAGUAUUGGUAACGGCUUUCAGUUUCUGAAAAGAAGCUGGAUCAAUUUGGAUACUUUCCCAGCCGACAAGACCGAGUAUACUGGUGGUACCAACCCUGGACAAGAUGCUAUCGUGGGCCAACUUGUCAAGAAGCCCCAAAGGGAAAAACACAAACGCCUGACCACGAGCCUUGUCGACGGUAAGGGUCAGAAUACCACGACCAGCUUCCUCCCCUUCAUCCAGUCCAAUGGCGGAGAUUACUUUUUUUCGCCAUCCCUAAAACUUCUUGAGGAGCUGGGCGGAAAUAACAAACGCAAACGGUCAGACUCCUGCUGCUGCGGCCCGUCCAUUGUCUAUUCUGGCAAAUAUGAGACCGGCAUCUUUGGGCGCAAUGAAGUCAUCUGGGCAGUUUUUCCUAAAGGUCGGAGGGAGGGAGCACCGCUUCAUGUCCUGACAACUUGGACCGCGCCCGUUGGUAAAGAAAAGGUGCCAUUGAGCUUCCUCUACAACGCGAUAGAUUCAGGUGAUCGCACCUUCGCAACUAGGGGAAUUGAUAAAAACGGUUCACACGACUACUGGUUUGAGGGUUCCGUGAGUGAGGAUGGUACGGGUUUGGGCCUGAGAAUGUCCGAUUCAUGUGGGGAUGAGUGUGCAAGGUAUGUACUAAGUCUAGUGACGGAGGAUACGUAG